AUGGAUCAACACGACGACUUCGACAGUGUUUCCUGGAAGCAUGACCCAGACAGCGAUGCCUCGCGACCAACAACUGCUGGCACUGAUGCUGCGGAAACCAGUGAAUUUGACCAUGAUACCAAUGGCAAGCGCAGAAUGAGCUCCACCCACGAAGAACCCCAGGCCGGCCCGCUGGCUGACGCCGUCGACCUUGCGGGCAUCGGCGAUGGAGUUCUCGAGUGCCAUGUUGACUCUCCACUGAAAGAGAACGAUGGGACAAAAGACGCAUAUAUCUCUUACCUAGUCACCACACAUACCGACUUCAAAUCAUUCCAAAGACCUGAGUUUACUGUCAGGCGACGAUUCACCGACUUCUACUUCCUAUACAAGACGCUCUAUCGCGAAUAUCCAGCAUGCGCGGUGCCGCCACUCCCGGACAAGCACAAGAUGGAGUACGUGCGGGGAGACCGGUUUGGGCCGGAGUUCACAACGCGACGGGCAUGGUCGCUGCAUCGAUUCUUGAAACGCCUGACCCUUCACCCCGUGCUUCGACGGGCCCCAUUGCUCACUAUCUUCUUGGAGUCGUCGGACUGGAACGCUCACAUGCGCCUGCACUCAACUCGGACCUCGACAAAUACCAGCUCUGAUGGCGCAGCCACUGGUAUCUUUGAUAACUUCACCGACACUUUUGUCAACGCCUUUUCGAAAGUGCACAAGCCGGAUCGGCGGUUUAUCGAGGUGCGCGAGAAGGCCGAUAAGUUGGACGAAGACCUGUCGCAUGUGGAGAAGACUGUUGCACGGGUUGCGCGACGUGAGUCAGAUCUGGAGACAGACUACACUGAGCUAGCGACACAAUUCCGCAAGCUCGUCCCACUAGAGCCUGCUGUCGAGAUGCCAUUACAGGUCUUUGCAGCUUCCGUGGAAGAGACCGCCCGCGGAUUGCGUGGACUGAAAGAUCACACCGAUCAAAACUACCUCGGCUCGCUGCGUGAUACAGAGUCUUACAUUAUGUCUCUCAAGGCCCUGCUCAAGACCCGCGAGCAGAAGCAACUCGAUUUCGAGGCCUUGGUCGAUUACCGCAAUAAAGCCGUCACGGAGCGUGACUCUCUCGCUUCCAAUCCAGCCGCUUACUACGCCUCAAACCCGCUAACCUCUUCGCCUGCCUCUUUUAUCCGCUCCAAAAUGGAGGACAUGCGCGGUGUUGAUCACGAACAGUCACGUCGCGAGCGUGUUAGAAAGCUCGAGCUUCGCAUUGACGAAUUGACCCGCGAAGUCGAGUCUGCUAAGACCACUUCCGAAAUGUUUGAUGAAGAAGUGGUCCGCGAAGUCGCAGACUUCGAACGCAUUAAGGCGGUCGAGUUCCGAGACGGCCUCGGCUCUUUCGCUGAUUCGCACAUCGAGUUUUAUCAAGGUGUGCUCUCUACGUGGGAGCGAUUUGUGGCAGAAAUGGAGGGAGAGGGGGAACCCGGUCGUGACUCUGAUGCUGCAGCAAUUGGAGCUGUUUAG